AUGACUCGCGCCUGCGACUACUGCCACAGGCGAUCUGUACGCUGCCAUCCUGGUGGGAAGUGCCGAAACUGUCUUGACUUUGGCCUGGAUUGCCUGUACCAGCGCGAGGUCAAGAAGCGCGGCGCGCCCGCCAGGGGCAAGGACGGCGAGGACACGGUUGCUGGCGUCUCGCCCAACGACGACCACUGUCCGCUUAGCAACGGCUCAUCGAGGAGCGGCAACGCGUACCUGUACGGUUUCCAGGCGGCUGAACAUCAUCGCGACGACCGAACUCCUGAGCAUGGUCCUCUUCCCGUCAACGAGGACACCUCGACGCUGGACCAGUGCUGCGUCAGUGCAAACAAGAUUAUCGACAAGUUCAAGAUCAUCCCCCAAGGGCUUCCAAAUAGCCAUCAGCGCCCCGCUGCUGCACCACCUCGCGGCGAUAGGCGACGUGCUUGGCCGGUCGAGCCUGCAAUUAUGAGGAACACGGACUUUCAGGAGGGCAUUGCGCAGUACGCCAAUGUGAGCAGCGUUCUGCGUUGUCACGCGGGUCUGCUCGAGAACCUCGAGAGCGUGCUCAAGGGCCGCCGCUUGACGGAGCGUCUGGAGGAGCAGGCCCCCGGCAUCGAGGAGCACAUCCGUGUCAUGCAGCGGCGACAGGAGCAGAAGUAA